AUGGAUCAGUUUUCUAUGCCUGGUAAAUGCGAUGCACUUAAAGAACCUCGCGGAUUUGUGAGAAUCAUUCAGCUUCUUUUUGCAAUAUUUGCAUUUGCAUCGACUACAAGUUUUUACGGCCAUUUAAAUAUAUCGGAUGAUUGUAUUAAAGGUGUUCCUGUAAAUAAGACUAUCAGUUAUCCAUUUAAUUUGGCAUCCUUGGGAAAUCUCGUACCAAUCUGUGAACCCAAAAAGCCACUUUAUGGCGACUUUUCUUCUGGAGCACAAUUUUAUGUAUUCGUUGGAGUCAUUGUUUUCCUCUAUUGCAUUGGAACGUUACUUCUAUACACUCUUUUUGUCAAUAAUUAUGAAUCAAACGCGCUUAUCCGGAAAUCGGAUUUUGGCGUUAGUGCGGUUAUUGUGAUACUAUGGUUUAUUGCAUCUGUAUGUUGGGCCAGUGGUGUUGAUAAACUCAAACGCUAUACAUCGGCAAGUGAUAUUAAAUUUAUGAUUAACGGAUCAGCUAAUUGCGUUGUUGACGCUCCUCAUGGUUAUGCUGGAUUAAAUAUAUCACUGUUGUUCGGAUUUGCCAAUGUUGCCUUGUGGGGAGCAGCUCUCUGGUUUCUAUGGAAAGAAACACCAUGGUUCAGUGGGGAAGCUGAUGCACUUCGUCAGAUCGAUUCUAUUCCGGAAGUUGAUGGAUCUACCUUGUGA